AGUCCACAGUAGAAGCUAAUCCGGACCGGAAGUUAGACCGGAAGCAGAAAGACGCUGAUGUAGCUAGCCAGCCGUCUGGAUUAGCUGUCCACGUAAUUUUGUUGGAAAUUCGUCAAAUAUCACAAUGAUACGGUUGAAAAAUAUGCUGUGACGUUGCCAAACUUUAACUGUAAACACGGAGCAGGCAAUAUUUCCAAGUACUAUUUUUAUAGUUUUGUAAUCGGGUUUAGCAAAGCAGUUAGCUAGCUUCCUGGCUGCCGUUAGCCUAGCUAGCUAACCUUUGUCAAAUUCUAAUGGCAAGUGCUACUAUUUCAUUCGCUAGCUAACGUGACCUCGUGGUGAACAUUUCAUUUCAGAGGAAGGACGUGGACGAUUUCAGAAAUUCAUUUCCCGCUACAGCAUUUAGCUAGCUGCUUCAAUAAUUCCUGAAGGAUUCAAGAUGGAGGAGGACUUUGGUGGGCCGUCCCCAUCCUGCUCAACUGAACCCCGACCAACGCUGUCACUGGGUCCUGACGGUAACCACGGUGACCGGGACCACACACCGCAGGGGCAGGAGAUUGGUUACGCUGGAGGCCUUGACAGCUUCAGUGAAAUACCUAGAUUUAACAUCGUAGUCAAAGAGGAGGAGGAAGAUUUAGAGGAGUGGAGUUUUAAUUAUACAGGAGAGAGUCCAAACCCCAGCUCUAGUGACGAGGCAUCAGCAGAACGACGCCAGGAGAAUCGCACAGCUAAGAAGACGUUUUACCGCUGCCCGGAGUGUGGGAAAGAGUUUCCUCACCCAUCAAAACUACAGAGACAUCUUAGAACACACACAGGAGAGAAACCAUAUCCUUGCUCUGUGUGCGGGAAGAGAUUCAGUGAUACAGGGACCCUCAAAACACACGAGAGGUUGCACACAGGAGAGAAACCGUACAUCUGCCCGGAAAAGAACUGUUGGAAGAGGUUUGUCAGCCAAGGAGAGUUAAAACUACACCAUCGGACACACACCGGAGAGAAACCUUGCCACUGCUCUGUGUGUGGGAAGAGUUUCUCACGUAUGUGGCACUUGAAGGUCCACAUGAUGACGCACGCCGGAGAGAAGCAGAGACUCAGCAUGAAAAAACCUUUCCCAUGCUCUGAGUGUGAGAGGGGCUGCAACUCUGCAGCAGAGCUCAAGAUGCACCAGAGGAUGCACACUGGGGAGAGACCUUACCAGUGUUCCACAUGCAAAAAGACCUUUGUUUUCCCAAGCUCUCUAACAAGACAUGAACAAUCCCAUAUAAGCGAAGCGAAUAGUACCGCCAAGCCGUACAGCUGCUCAGAAUGUGGGAAGGAAUUCACUCAGCCGUGGACCUUAAAGAUACACAUGCGCCAGCACACCGGAGAGAAACCGUACCACUGCUCUCAAUGCGAGAAGAGGUUCUCGUCAUCGUCACUCCUUAAAAGACACCAGAGGGUUCACACCGGAGAGAAACCAUUCCAGUGCUCCGACUGCGGAAAGAGUUUCUCCUCGUCAGCGAAUAGAACCAGUCACCGUCGUCGUAUCCAUGAAGGUAUACAGGGUGGGUCACAGCGGCAGGAGGCCACCUCUGUGGACGGUACCAGUAAGGCUUAUGUUGACCAAAACAACCAGGUUGAACCCACAGUUGUAGAGGAGUCUGGUCUCAGUCUAGUACCAGAUGUCAAAGUAAAAGAAGAGGAGGAAGAUCCUGCUUUUGCAGAGAGACCUGAACAUUGCUCUGAGAGUGAGGAGAGUCCCUCUACAUUAGGAGGACCUGACCAACACCAGGAGAACAACAAAGCUCUGGGCCCUCACAUCUGCUCAACGUGUGGAAAAGAACUAUCCAGCUCCUACAAACUAAUGCUACACCAGAGAACACACACAGGAGAGAAGCCUUACGAGUGUAUGGUGUGUGGGAAGGGCUUCUCCCAAGCCGCAAACCUCAAGACGCACCAGAAAGUGCACAGUGGAGAGAAGCCGUACCCCUGCUCUGACUGCGGGAGCAGGUUUACUCACAUGGGAGACUUGAAGAGACACCAGUUGUUGCACUCGGGUGAGAAACCUUAUAGCUGCCCCGAGUGCGGGAAGAGUUUUUCUCAGUUGGCGCACCUAAAAUCUCACCAACAGACACACACAGGGGAGAAACCUUUCCUCUGUGCUCAUUGUGAAAAGACUUUCUCCACUGCGGCCAAGCUGAAGAACCACGAGAGAGUGCACACUGGCGAGAGACCUUACUGCUGCUCCUACUGCCCCAAGCGCUUUGCUCUAUCUGGGACACUUGUGAAGCAUGAACGACUCCACACCGGAGAAACGCCGUACCAAUGUGGAGAAUGCGGUAAGGGAUUUGCUCAACUGGUGUCCUUGAAAAUACAUGCCCAAUCACACACUGGAGUCAACUUCUACAAAUGUUUCCAUUGUGACCAGAGCUUCUCCACUUCAACCAAGCUGAAGGAACAUCAGAGAAUCCACACUGGGGAGAACCUGUACCAAUGCACCGAAUGUGGGAAGAGUUUCACUAUCGAGUCAAAGCUGCUGAAACACCAGAGAGUUCACACUGGAGAGAAACCGUAUCAGUGCUCCGGGUGUGGAAUGAGGUUCUCGCUCUCUGAGAACCUACUGAGACACCAGCGUAACUCUUCGGGGAUCUGUGGUGCUGUGAGCCUUAACCAGGCUACUGGGAGUGGGAUUCCACUUCUACAAGAUGCUGCUGUCUUCCCGAAUAUACUGGUCAAGGCUGGGCACAAACCCACAGAGUCUCUGCCUUCUGACCAGAGCCAGAGUGAAGCCUCCACUCAAACUGCUGGGAGGACUGUUGACGUGAAAGAGGAGGAGCAAACACUUGGACUGAAGAUUAAAACUGAAGAACUGGAGGAGGAGGAGGAAGAAGAAGAAGAAGAGGAGGAGGAGGAGGAAGAAGAGGAGGAGGAAGUUGUUGGGCUGAUUAAUUCUGAUGGAGAAGAAAUGGACUGGGAUCCUUCUCUUCUUGGAUAUAAUCCCAGUCAGAGUUCUGACAUUGAAGAGAGUCCCUCUACAUCAGGAGAACCUGAACAUCACCAGGAGAAUCACAACGCUAAGAGCUCUCACUGCUGUUCAGUGUGUGGAAAAGACUGCCAAAAAUUAUCGGCGCUACAAAAACACAUGAGAAUUCACACAGGAGAGAAGCCUUACCCCUGUACUUUGUGUGGAAACCAAUUCCGUGAGAAGGGACACCUGAAAGCACAUCUGAAAACACACACUGGAGAGAAACCUUACCACUGCCCCACCUGUGGGAUGAAGUUUGCCCAUUUGGGAGCCAUGAAAAUACACCUGCUGACACACACUGGAGAGAAACCUUACCCCUGCUCUGUGUGUGGGAAGAGUUUUACCCAAUCAUCGCGUUUGAAGCAACAUUUCCGGACGCACACAGGUGAGAAACCUUACUCCUGCUCUGUAUGCAGGAAGAGUUUUGCAAGACCAGCAGACCUUAAAGUCCACCACAGAGAUCACACAGGGGAGAAACCUUACAGCUGCACUGAAUGUGGCCAGAGCUUCACCAGUUCCCACAACCUAUGGAAACAUCAGAAGACCCAUCUACCACCUGGACUACCACAACCUGUUGAGUUUGACAACCACAACCAAACACCAGAGAUGAAUGCUAAAAACGAAGGACUGAAUGAGGAAGAUGAGGAGGAGGAGGAGGAAUUUGGUGUUCUGAUCAAUUCUGAUGGAGAAGAAGUUGGAUUGGACUUGGAUCCUCCUCGUCUCAAUCCUCCGAGUUCCGAGGAAGAGGAGAGUCCGUCAACAUCAGGAGAAACUGAACAACACCAGGUGAACCACAAUACAGCUCUGAGGUACAGCUGCUCUGUGUGUGGGAAGCAGUUCAACCACAAAGGACAUCUGAGAAGACACGAGAGUGUACAUUCAGUUGAAAAACCUUAUGGUUGCUCAGACUGCGACAAGAUGUUCGGUUCCACCAUAGCUCUGAAUAGACACAAGAAGUUGCACAGAGAAGAGAAACCUCACAUUUGCACAGUGUGUGGGAAAGGUUUUGUUCAACUGUCACGUUUGAAGGAACACUACCCAACGCACUCGGGAGAGAAACCACACUGCUGCUCUGUGUGUGGGAAACGCUUCACUACUGCGUCGUACCUCAAAACGCACAGCAAAGUCCACAUGGGGGAGAGUCCUUAUACCUGUAACAUAUGUAGGAGAGAUUGCCAGAAGUUGUCCGCAUUCAAGUUACACAUGAGGAUCCACACAGGAGAGAAGCCCUUCAGUUGCACUGUGUGCGAGAAGCAGUUCACUCAGAAAAGACAUCUGCAAGACCACCAGAAAGUACACACUGGAGAGAAACCGUACCCCUGCCCCCAUUGUGACAAGCGGUUCAGCUUCUCCUCUGCCUUAAAAAGACAUCAGCAGUUACACACAGGAGAAAAACCCCACUGCUGCUUUGUGUGUGGGAAUAGUUUCUCUCAAGCAGGGCGCCUGAAAGAACACCUACGGACGCACUCGGGAGAGAGACCUUUCUCCUGCUCUGUCUGCGAGAAAACCUUCAGAAAAGCUUCUGAACUCACGAUACACAACAGAUCUCAUACAGGAGAGAGACCGUACAGCUGUGCCGAAUGUGGUAAGACAUUCACCAGUUCUAUGAAGCUGGGACGACACAAGAAGAUCCAUCAGAACACAAAAACUGAAGAGAAGCCUUACCACUGCUCCCAGUGUGGAAAGAGUUUUCACCAGAAAGCACACCUGAAAGCUCAUGAGAGAAUACACACAGGAGAGAAGCCUUACCACUGCUCCCAAUGUGGAAAGUGUUUCAACCAGUCGGGGGAGCUGAAACAACAUGAGAGAAUACACACAGGAGAGAAGCCUUACCACUGCUCCCAAUGUGGAAAGUGUUUCAACCAGAGAGUAAACCUGAAACAACAUGAGAGAAUACACACAGGAGAGAAGCCUUACCACUGCUCCCAGUGUGGAAAGAGUUUCAAUCGGAAAGCAAACCUGAAAGCUCAUGAGAGAAUACACACAGGAGAGAAGCCUUACCACUGCUCCCAAUGUGGAAAGUGUUUCAACCAGUCGGGGGAGCUGAAACUACAUGAGAGAAUACACACAGGAGAGAAGCCUUACCACUGCUCCCAAUGUGGAAAGUGUUUCAACCAGAGAGUAAACCUGAAACAACAUGAGAGAAUACACACAGGAGAGAAGCCUUACCACUGCUCCCAGUGUGGAAAGAGUUUCAAUCGGAAAGCAAACCUGAAAGCUCAUGAGAGAAUACACACAGGAGAGAAGCCUUACCACUGCUCCCAAUGUGGAAAGUGUUUCAACCAGUCGGGGGAGCUGAAACUACAUGAGAGAAUACACACAGGAGAGAAGCCUUACCACUGCUCCCAUUGUGGAAAGUGUUUCGUCCAUUUGGAGGUGCUGAAACAGCAUGAGAGAAUACACACAGGGGAGAAGCCUUACCACUGCUACCAGUGUGGAAAGGGUUUCAACCAGAGAGGAAACCUGAAACUGCAUGAGAGAAUACACACAGGAGAGAAGCCUUACCACUGCUCCCAAUGUGGAAAGCGUUUCGUCCGUUCGGUGGAGCUGAAACAACACGAGAGAAUACACACAGGAGAGAAGCCUUACCACUGCUCCCAGUGUGGAAAGAGUUUCAGCCGGAAAGCAUUCCUGAACCAACACGAGAGAAUACACACAGGGGAGAAGCCUUACCACUGCUCCCAGUGUGGAAAGCGUUUCAACCAUUCAGGGAAGCUGAAUCGGCAUGAGAGAAUACACACAGGAGAGAAGCCUUACCACUGCUCCCAAUGUGGAAAGUGUUUCAACCAGUCGGGGGAGCUGAAACAACACGAGAGAAUACACACGGGAGAGAAGCCUUACCACUGCUCCCAGUGUGGAAAGCGUUUCAACCAUUCAGGAAAGCUGAAACGGCAUGAGAGAAUACACACAGGAGAGAAGCCUUACCACUGCUCCCAAUGUGGAAAGUUCUUCAGCCAGAUAGGAUACCUGAAACAACAUGAGAGAAUACACACAGGGGAAAAGCCUUACCACUGCUCCCAGUGUGGAAAGUGUUUCAACAAUUCAGGGACGCUGAAACGACAUGAGAGAAUACACACAGGGCAGAAGCCUUACCACUCCUCCGGGUGCAAAGCUUUUGCCCAUUUAGGAAGCCUGAAAGAACACAUUAGACUGCACACAGAGGAGAAGGCUUAGAAAAGCUCAGACUGUGGGAAAACAUAGUACUCAUAACAGUCAUUUAAACGUCAUUAGAGAAUCCACACCGGAGAGAGAAAUUACUUCUCUUAGCGUGUAUAUUGAUAUUUCACAUCACAUUGGCUUAAAAUUCAUCAGAGAACAUACACAGUGCUCCCAUUGUCUUAUAUUGUUGAC